AUGAUGAAAGCCAUAAAUGUCAACCAAUUGGGUUUUCUGUCAUCUUCCCUUCCAGCGGAUCCCAAGUUCAGCGGACCCAUCAACAAUUCAACAGUUCCCGUGGGACGGGAUGCCCUGCUCACGUGUGUUGUCCACGAUUUAGUAAGCUUCAAGGUGGCCUGGUUGCGAGUGGACACGCAGACCAUCCUGAGCAUCCAGAACCAUGUCAUCACCAAGAACCAUCGCAUCGCCAUCUCCCACACGGAGCAUCGCAUCUGGCAGCUGAAAAUACGCGAUGUCCAGGAAUCAGAUCGCGGAUGGUACAUGUGCCAAAUCAACACAGAUCCCAUGAAGAGCCAAAUGGGCUACCUGGAUGUGGUGGUGCCACCCGACAUUGUGGACUACCAAACCAGUCAGGAUGUGGUUCGUUCCUCUGGAGAUAAUGUCACCCUCACUUGCAGUGCCACAGGCGUUCCUUUGCCAACAAUCACGUGGCGUCGAGAGGAAUCAGCUCCACUCUUACUUUCCGACGAGGGCGAUCAGGAGGUGUACAGCGUGGAAGGACAGAAUCUCACGCUGUGGCAGGUGCAUCGCAACCAUAUGGGUGCCUACCUCUGCAUCGCCUCCAAUGGGGUGCCUCCCACAGUGAGCAAACGCGUCAUGUUGGUGGUCAACUUUGCUCCGACAAUCUGGACUCGUUACGAUACCAUUUACGUGGGUCUGGGCCAGAAGCUGACGCUGGAGUGCAUCACAGAAUCGCAGCCGGCGUCGGUAAACUUCUGGCUGAGGGGCUCCGAAUUGCUGCAGGGAGGUUCCUACGAAUCCGUCACUGUGGAUCACGUGCAUCGGAUCGUGAUGCGCAUCACGCUGCGUCCGAUUACGAAACGAGACUUUGGCGAGUACAAAUGCAGGGCGAAGAAUGCCAUGGGCCAAACAGAUCGUAUUAUAACAGUGCAUCAUAAAGCCAAGAAGCAUGGUCAGCACUCACAUCAGACUUCCACCCGCGAAAGUCAGUUCAUUGUCAUCGAAGAGUACAUAGCGAAUGCGACUGAUAAGAGCUGCAGUUUCCGCCCCCUUUGGAUUAUAUUUCUAUGUUUCGUCAAUAAAGUUUCCAUUUUGUGA